GACGAGGAGUUGCAGUUGGCGCUGGCACUGAGUCAAUCGGAAGCGGAGGCGAAGGAGAAGAGCAAAAUGCGCAGCACCUCUGCCUACUAUUCCAAUUACAAGGAUAGUGCAGCCGAAGGCAACCGCACCACCACCGGCAGCGAUCUGCAGGAUGCGGACGGUGGGAAUCCCGAGUUGGCGAGAUACUUGAACCGUUCGUAUUGGGAGGGAAAGCAAGGAACCGUCGACGUCAACCCGACGACGGCGAGUCCGUCCGCCCCAACUUCAUCGAUCGCAUCCUCCACCGAGAAGACGACCAGGGAGAAUGGAUACGCACCGUCCGUCUCGUUGCUCGGUCCAUCCAACGAGAUCGUCGACGCCGAGCUGGAGGAGUUCGUGCGCACUCUCAAAUCGCAGGUGGAGAUAUUCAUCAAUCGCAUGAAGAGCAACUCUAGUCGCGGCCGAUCCAUCGCCAACGACAGCAGCGUUGAGACGCUGUUCCUCAACAUCACGUCCAUGCAUUCCAAACUGCUCGGAUACAUCCAGAAAUACGACGACAGCCGAUUGUAUUACGAGCGUCAGCAGGACAAACUGACGCAAAUGAAGGACGCGAGGGCGGCUUUGGACGCGCUCAGGGAGGAACAUCGCGACAAGCUGCGACGACAGGCCGAGGAGGCGGAGCGACAACGGCAAAUGAUGAUGGCCCACAAGCUGGACAUAAUGCGGAAGAAGAAGCAGCAAUAUCUGCAAUACCAACGGCAAUUGGCGUUGCAACGAAUCCAGGAGCAGGAACGCGAGAUGCAGAUGAGGCAGGAGCAGCAGAAGCAACAAUACAUAAUGGGCCCCGCUUACUAUUCUAUGGGAUCGCCGGUGCACGCACCGCAAUAUCCGCCGCAAUCGUACGGAGGUUAUCCUUCGAUGGUGCAAGGGCCGCCACCGUCGAUGCCGCAGCAUCCACCAAAUGCGAUGAUGCCACCCGGUGCGCCAGUGUAUCCUCAACAGUCGAUGGGUCAGCCACAGCCUCAAGCAGCGCCGCAGCAGCCUCAGCCGCAAACCAAUCAAAUGCCAAUGGGCGUUCCCCCGAAUAUGGCCGGUCCACCGGGCAUGCAAGCACCGCCCCCCAUGCACCAUCCACCAAUGCAGCAACAGCAGCCGUACUCGCAACAGCCUGGAGCGCCCCCGGCCAGCCCUCAAGCUCAGGCCGUCAAACAGGAGGAUGCCCAAACGGCCGAGCUGAUAUUUUUUGAUUAGAAAGUAUAAGAUAAUUAAUUUACACUUCUAUCAAUCUAUAUCUCCUUAGCGCAUAUUAUACUACUAUUCCGACUAACGAUAAUAUUAUAACAUUAAUAAUAAUAAUAAUAAUACACUAUUGUUACACAAA